CGAGCUAAGUACAACACAUGUUUUUAGACCUUUCUUCGCAGCUACUGCUCUGUUUCUGAGUGCACCGAGGACUGAUUUUGUCACGACAUUACUCAUUCAAUUCUCCGAGGCUACGUACAUCGGUAGAGGGGAAAUGUUUGGUAAUCUCGUGAACAAGAACGCUCGCACAGCUCUCAAAGAAUAUGGCGAUCACAGCGGAGUUUUAGUCGAUUUCGACAUCGUCACUCAAAACUCGCUGGAAAAUGCUCACAAUCCACAGUAUACCGCCGUAGCAAAACUCGGUGAACGCUCUUUUCUUCCAGCUACAGCUUCAACGAAGAAAGACGCGAAAGAGUACGCGGCAGAUCUUGCAUUGCAAGCACUUUCUCAAGAACCUUAUGGCAGGUUUCAACAAGGUACAUUUACUGCUCAAGGUGGAGAAUCCGAGGAACCUGAACAAGGCCUUCCCACAAGGUAUGGGCGGAACUUCAGAAAUCGGCGUCCAAAGGUGAAGAGCCUUGACCCAUCAGCCCCUCCUGAUAAGGACCCUGUGAUGUUGCUCAAUGAAUAUGGACAAAAGAGAGAUCAACCUAUAAAAUUUGAAGAUGUUCAGUGUAUGUAUCCAGGAUUGUACCAGGCUCAGGUUACAGUAGGAGAAACAACUUUUGGCCCAAAGAAAAGUUCAACAAAGAAAAUGGCAAGGAAGCUUGUUGCUAUUGCAGCCUUGAAGACCCUUAUGAACUGGGAACCUGCAGAAGGAUUGUACAACACAACGGAAGAGAGUCCUCACUGGUCUGUUGGAAGCAGUGGUUCCUCAGCUGGCCAGCAAAUGCCAGGCGACAAAACACAAGCAGAAGCUGUUAUGUUACGCAAGGAUCCAAUCAUGCUUCUGAAUGAGCACUGUCAGAGAAACCACCUCAAGAUUUCUUAUGAAGACCUUCCUCAUUUGGGCCCAGAUCACCAGAAGACAUUUUCUUGCCGGGUCACCGUGGGAGAAAGGAGUUUUAAGGAAGGCUCUGGAGCUACGAAGGUUGCGGCAAAAAAGAAUGCUGCUUUACAUGCUCUUGAAGGCCUGUUCAACAUGCCUGUUGAAUUAGCUCACAAACCUGGUGCUGGUAGCAGUGGAGGUGGAAUGACAGUUGAAAGGCAUCCAGUGAGCAUUCUGAAUGAAUAUGGACAAAAGAAAGGUGUCAAGGUUGAGUUUGAAGACCAGGGUCAUACAGGACCAGACCACUUCAGGACUUACAACUUCAGAGCUGUUGUUGGCGACAUGGUCUGUGACAGUGGCAUGGGCCGUAGUAAGAAGGACGCUAAGAGGGAAGCAGCAGCCAUUGCCCUCAAGAGCCUGGGUUACCAAGUCACCUCUGAACCAAAUAAGUCAAAUCCUGUCCCUGUGCAGAAAUCUUUACAUGAAAUGGAAGUACCCAGAACACCUUUAACAGACGGUAAAAACAGCAUCAGUGCAUUGUAUGAACUCUGCCAGGCGUAUCACUUCCCGCAACCAGAAGCACAAGAAGUGCGACCUGAAGGAAAUUUAGACCCAUCUUACCACUACUGUGCUUACAAAGUUGGUGAGGAGCUAUACAAUUGGGGAGCUGGGAGGACCAAGAAGGCUGCAAAAGAAUCUGCUGCCCAGUAUGCCGUGGAUUCCCUUUUGAAGCUAAAGGGGGUGCACCAGCUGUACAACCCAGGGACCACCACUGAAGGGGACAAGAUUGCGGCCCUUUGUUGGAACCAUCUGUCAGGUCUGAGUCGUGAGGCACCAGAAGGGUGGAGGUUUGCUGGGUACAAGGUGAUUGCGGGGUUUGUGAUGCAGGACGGCGAUGAUGAUCCUUGGACUGUAGUGAGCCUUGGAACUGGAAACAAGUGCAUUAGCGGGGACCAGCUGCGCAUGGAUGGAUCAACAGUGAAUGAUUCUCACGCUGAAGUUAUCGCGCGGAGGAGUCUGAUAAAAUUCCUCCAUUAUCAUUUAACAAUCCUGCUGAGCGGUAAAACAGAUGUGAAGAGCAUCUUUGUGCAAAAGGAAAGACAAGGAAAGAUUCAGUUGAGAGACGGAAUCAAGUUUCAUCUUUAUGUCAGUACAGCUCCUUGUGGAGAUGCGGCCAUCUUUGUGAAUGAAACUGUUAGCAGGUAAUCUGUGGAAUAUCUUUGCGAUUGACACAGUGC